AUGGCGGAAGGGGAACUGCAGGGAGCCGUGGGAAGUUCGAGCUGGAUGGCGACGAUGGAAGUCUUGCUACGAUAUCGGAGAAGACGAAGAGGUCACGGGAGUGUGACACAGAAGGGAUGGGAUGAUGGCAUAUGGAAGGAGUUGGGCGAGGGCUUGCGAGCAGCCCUAGACAAGAACUCGUCGUCAUCUGUUGCAAUGAUAAUGGCGACGCUCAUGUCCAUGUCCUGUGAAGAAGAAAGAGACUCUUGGGAACAUGCUUGUACGAAGCUGUGUCAUGGUUAUCUUGGUAUUGAUGCCAAUUUGAUAAAGAAAUUUCUUGCCCCUGACGAAGACAGGAAGCAGCUGGAUCGAUGGCGAUCAGAAUUUCUCUUUCUCAGGAAGAUGAUGGUUGAUGAUCAAAUAUCCAUCCAUGAUCCGAUGCCUUUCCUGGAAGUUGAAGUUGAAGUUGAAGUUGAAUCGAACCAACGUUCUCAACCUAAGAAUGACAAAUUAAAGAAACUGCAGGACAGGAUGAGAUCAAAGAACAACCAAAGUCUACCUCCCCUACACCCGAAGGCUGCAGGCUAUCCCCCGUUAUGUGUUGCUGCGCAGCAAGGCAGGCUUGAGAUGGUGGUUCUGCUGCUAGUCAGCGGAGCGAGGUCGACUUGUCCUUGCAAGAUAACCGCCGCACCGACUGCCCUGCACCUCGCAGCUUCAGGUGGAUUUUCAGAUGUGUCAGCAGCAUUGCGAGCAGCCAACGGCGUAGAAAGAAGCGAAGAAAGAAGCGAAGAUUCCAUCGAGGAUGCAUCAUUGAAGAGGGAAAGGCAAUUGGAUACGUAUCAUGAUGCUCGUGGACAUACUCCUUUGCAGAUUGCAGUUCGAGCAGGAUGGUUCAAGUUGGUGAAAGAGCUCAUGUGCCAGUGCGGUGAUUGCUAUCAGAUGGAAGGAUGGGGAACAGAUUCUACGUUCUAUGUCUGCCCCUCUGAGAGAACUUACAGCGUUCCAGAGGAUUCUGAACGUCUUGUCAGUGUGUUUCAACGGGCUGCUGACAUCUGGGAGGAGAAUUGCGGGCGCAAACUGUUCAGCGUAGGUCAUAACACGAACGUUAGGAACUCUCCCGGGCAAACCAGAGAAGAGAUGUCGCAACACACGUACUCCAUCGAAGUUGACUUUGGAGAAUGGAAUGUCAAGAACGGUUAUACUUCACCAUCUGUCAAACCGAAUCGAUGGCCUCUCAAGCGAUGCGGCGCGAAAGUUUUCCUCCGCAAACGUCGAGCUGAAGAAGUAUUCCCUAGAUCAGUCGAAGACGCGCUGGUUGCCACGGCCUGCCAUGAGCUUGGUCACGUUGUAGGGCUGCCGCAUCAUCCUGAUCCUGAAGAGUUGAUGUACUUCCUCGGCCUCCCCCUAGGGCACGGACAAGGAUGCAAGGGACACAACUUCGGUCGAGACUGUACCGCAGCUAUCCGAUGGCUUUACAAUCCAUGUCUCAAGACAGCUGUCAGCUCAGUCGGCUAUCCCACAAUCUGCCUCAAGUGCUUCGCUCCUGGUUGGUGGAAUGUGCGCGACCGCGGAAAGUUCUUGUCUGUGAGUCCUCAAUUGUUUGCUUCAAAGGCGAAGCCAAGACGGAAUCCUUCAACGAAGAGACAGGUGGAGAUCCUAGAAGAUGGUUCGACCAGGCUGCUAACAACAUCCACUGUUGACGACGUUGAUGAAUUCACAGAACUCUGA